CGGGCGCCGGAAGCGGCCGAGCGACGAGGGGACGUCGCGUCGCCGGGUCUCGAGCAGCUGCCGCGGAGCCGCCGGACGGACCGCCGGACCUGCCUGCCCGCCAUGGCCGAGAGCGACUGGGACACGGUGACGGUGCUGCGCAAGAAGGGCCCCACGGCCGCCCAGGCCAAGUCCAAGCAGGCUAUCCUAGCAGCUCAGAGACGGGGAGAAGAUGUGGAGACUUCCAAGAAGUGGGCCGCCGGCCAGAACAAACAGCAUUCGAUCACCAAGAACACGGCCAAGCUGGACCGGGAGACUGAGGAGCUGCACCACGACCGGGUGACCCUGGAGGUGGGCAAGGUGAUCCAGCAAGGCCGGCAGAGCAAGGGGCUGACUCAGAAGGACUUGGCCACGAAAAUCAACGAAAAGCCACAGGUCAUCGCGGACUAUGAAAGCGGACGGGCCAUUCCUAAUAACCAGGUUCUGGGCAAGAUCGAGAGAGCUAUCGGCCUGAAGCUCCGGGGGAAGGAUAUCGGGAAGCCGAUUGAGAAGGGGCCCAGGGCGAAAUGAACACAAAGCCUCGAAAUCAGUGCGUUCCGGCUGAUCUCGCCUGGCUGGUUCCCCUUGACCACCGGUGCCAGCGUGGUCUCUUCACGUGGCCGAGCGGAACGCGGGGCGUCAGCCCUGCCCGGGAACCCCCUCUACCCUGCUGUCAAACAAAACCUUGCAAAGUAUUGCUUCUCCUGAUUUUUUUUCCUUCCCACCCCUGGUGUCUGCCCAGCCUUGGGGCGGCUCCCCGGGGAGCUCUGAGCGGGACCACCUCACGCUGGCGGGGCUGUGGGGUGGGGUGGCCUGACCCAGAAGAGAAGAUGUCUUCUCCAGUCGGCUUUUAGAGAAGCUAAUAAACGUGUUGCCCUUC